ACAAACGGAUGUAACCGAGGCGAAAGAAUUAACUUGCGUCCAGCAUACAUGGUGAAACUCUCAAUGGGCUCGGAGAGGAAGCAGAUGCAGAGGCGGCAGCUGGUGGGUCAGCGGGAGGGAGAGGGCGUCGUACAGCUGCACCCCGGCACCGGGAACCGGGGCUCCAACGCCUGCUGCUUCUGCUGGUGCUGUUGCUGUAGCUGCUCUUGUCUUACCGUUCGGAAUGAAGACAGGGGCAAGAGGACCAAGCCAGAUUCCUGCGACAUCAAGAUAGAGGGAACCGCCAACUGUGAGGAGAGGCCCAAGCCCACUGUGGAAGAGGUCCGCGCCUGGGGGCAGUCCUUCGACAAGCUGAUGCACUGUCCGACAGGGAGGGAGGCCUUCCGUGCCUUCCUGAGGACGGAGUUCAGUGAAGAGAACAUGCUCUUCUGGCUGGCCUGUGAGGACCUCAAGAAGGAGACAAAGAAAAGCGUCAUUGAGGAGAAGGCAAGGGCGAUAUAUGAGGACUACAUCUCCAUCCUAUCGCCCAAAGAGGUGAGUUUGGACUCCCGGGUUCGAGAGGCAAUCAACAGAAGCAUGCUGGAGCCAUCCUCCUGCACAUUCGACGAUGCCCAGCUCCAGAUCUACACCUUAAUGCAGAGAGACUCGUACCCGCGCUUCAUGAACUCAGCAGCCUACACAAAUCUGCUGCGGGACCUGUCGGAGCCAGCCUCAGAAUCGGAAGAGAAUGUUGACGGACAAGACGGAUCAGUCCCGUAAAUUGCAUCUGAGACUUGACGCUUGCCAGCAUCGUGUGUCUGCUCAGCUCAGGAGGACAAGUGUGUCAAAUGGUUGCAGCAGCGAUUAUUUCUCCAGUGUUGCUAGUUUCUUUUAACCCGCAUCAAAGAGAUGCAGCGCACCCCAAAAAAUGAUUUGGCAACUCCAAAGUUUUUUAAAACGUGAGUGAAAUAUAUUAUAGUUUUUUAAGCACCUGACCUCAUUGCAAUACAAGACCAAGAACUGUUUUCCCAAAACGUAAGAGCACUUUUUCCAUCCGUGUACCGUAUUGAUAAGUCACCAUUUGAAUAUAGAUUAAUUUCAUAUUUAUCUUCUAUACUUGCGCUACACUUAAAUAAAGCAAACUUGGCAACAGGUAGUGUAAGGAUAACGGCACUGCUUUUUAACCAGAAGGUUGCCAGUUCAAAUCAGAGGACCAUCCCUUGAACCGUUGAGCGAGGUACUUACUGUACCUGAAUUGUCCCAGUAAAAAUACCCUGCUAUUU